AUGACUAUUAAACCUAAUCCUAAACAUAUUUCUUCCAAACAAGAGGCAGAACGUAUUUUAUCAAAGUACGACAAUUUUUUAUUUGAUUGUGAUGGAGUCAUUUGGUUAGAUGAAGAUUUGAUUCCUGGGGUAGAUAAGUUUCUUGAGUGGUUAACGAAAAACAAUAAGAAAUUUGCAUUUGUUAGUAACAAUUCAUCAAAAUCACGUAAUGCAUAUCUUAAGAAAUUUGAAAAUUUAAAUAUUCCCAACAUCACCAAAGAAAUACUUUACCCAACGUGUUACUCUGCAGCCUUAGAAUUACAAAAAUUAAACAUUCCUAAAGGAUCCAAAAUUUGGGUUUUAGGACAUGAAGGAAUUGUUGAUGAAUUACGUGAUAUGGGAUAUUUACCAUUAGGUGGUAAUGAUAAAUUACUAGAUGAAGCUUUUGAUCAUCAAAAUCCUAUUUUGACCGUAGACCCUGAGGUUAAAGCUGUUGUUGUGGGAUCAACCAAGGAAUUCAAUUAUAUGAGAAUUGCCCUGACUUUGCAAUACUUACUACAUGAUCAUAAAUCAUUGCCAUUUAUUGGAUGUAAUAUUGACAGGACCUAUCCAGGACCAAAAGGUUUAAUAUUACCUGCUGGUGGUAGUAUAGUUAACUACAUGUCAUACACUUCAAACAGAGAUUUCAUUAAUGUGGGGAAGCCAAGUAAACAAUUUUUAGAUAUAAUUUUAGAAGAUCAAAAAUUCGAUAGGUCAAAAACUUUAAUGGUAGGAGAUACUUUAUAUACUGACAUUAAAUUUGGUAAUGAUGGGAAUCUUGGUGGUGAUGAGGAAAACGGUGGUACAUUGUUGGUAUUGUCUGGUGGCACCAAAAAGAAAGAUUUAAGCCAUCUUUUGCACAAUCGUCACGAAUGUAAAGAUAGUGAAAGUUUGGUUCCGCUGUACUUUGUUGAAUCUUUAGGUAAGCUCAUAGAUUUGUUGGAGUAA